UAAGGUGUCAUAUUGCGCAUGCGUGUCACACAUGUCAAGGGAGCAGAUUCAUACUUUGUCGGUUACUCAUGGUUUACAGUUAUUCUACAAACUACAAGGAAGUACGCUGUGACGAUUUGGUUCUGUAGUUGCACCUUUACUACCUCGCGGUUUAAUCCGGUUCGGUUAAUAUUCGGUUAAUUAACCUGGAGAAGUCUGCUCAAGGUCGGGAUGUAAUAUGGCAUCACGCGGUGUCAAUCGUUUUGUUUUCUUGGUAAGCAAUAGAUGUGGAUCCCCCUUGCAAACUGAAAGAACUAUGUCCAGUGUGUCUAGUUUAAUAUUUGAUAGAGUACAUGCAGGAAGCGACAUAAGGCAUGUUCUGGACACGAGACGCCCGACCAGGACUACAGGAAGUGGUCGCGACGCUCCUGGGGGGCGAAGCGUUCGAACCUCGGUCGCCGCCGGUUUGGGACUUGGUUUGGGACUCGGUUUAGCCGGACUUUGGGACUCGGGGGAGGGGGUGGACGACGGGACAGUAUCUCUCUCCAGCUCCAUUCUCGGACCAGUCCUUCGAUCUGCCUGGUGCGCCUCCCCGUACAAACCGGACAGCCCCCGGUACAAGUACAACUUCAUUGCUGACGUAGUAGAGAAGUCGACUCCAGCUGUGGUGUACAUUGAAAUUGUCGGCAGGCACCCAUUUUCCGGGAGAGAGGUCCCUGUGUCGAAUGGUUCGGGCUUCAUCAUCACCAGUGACGGUCUCAUCGUCACCAAUGCCCAUGUUGUCGCCAACAAGAGAGGCGUGCGUGUCAAGCUGACCAACGGAGAAACGUACAACGCCACCGUGCAGGAUGUCGACCAAGUGGCUGACAUUGCCACCAUUAAAAUCACUGCAAAGGUGAACAACCACAACGCAUUUCAAAUCUGUUACGCAUUUCCAAGGCUGCUGAUCUCAUAUAAUAUAGGUACAUACUCACAUUGUCCCUCCCACUUUUGGCUCCAGCAUCCUUUGCCCACCCUAGCCUUCGGACGCUCCUCGGAUGUCCGCCAGGGAGAGUUUGUUGUCGCCAUGGGCAGCCCGUUCGCCCUGCGCAACACGAUCACAUCGGGCAUCGUGAGCUCUGCCCAGAGAGGCAGUAAGGAGCUGGGCCUUUCCAACUCCAACAUGGACUACAUCCAGACGGAUGCGGCCAUUGAUUUUGGGAACUCAGGAGGCCCCCUCAUUAACCUGGACGGGGAGGUGAUUGGGAUAAACACCAUGAAGGUCACUCCUGGGAUCUCCUUCGCCAUCCCCUCUGACCACGUCAAGCUGUUCCUGGACAAAUCGGCAGAGCAGAAGAGAUCGAAGUUCAGCCAAUCAGACAGCAGGCGGAAGUAUAUUGGAGUGAUGAUGCUGACCCUGAUACCAAGUAUCAUUGCGGAGUUAAAGCUGCGAGAUUCCCUCUUCCCAGAAGUCACUCAUGGAAUCCUGAUCCACAGGGUCAUCAUGGGCUCACCAGCAAACAAAGCCGGCAUGCAGCCGGGGGACGUGGUGGUCGAGAUCGACGGCACUAAAGUGAACACCUCAGAGGAGAUCUACCAGGCGGUGCGCAGCCGCAACACCAUCUCCAUGCUGGUCCAGCGGGGACAGGAGCAGCUGAGGAUGCAGAUAACACCCGAGUAUGCAGAGUGACCGCUGAGAGCUUUCACUCCUCUCCUAACCGGGGGGGGGGGGGGGGCAGGAGGGGAGUGAUCAUUACGAGCGUUCACUCCUCUCCUGCCCGAGUAGGGGCGGGAGGACCGAAGGACGAGGUCUGAACUCGUGACUCGACGGACAGAUUCCUCCCAGACCGGAGCCAUCGGACACCCGUCACAACUCAAGAACACAAGUCGUUUUUUUAAAUGUUUUGAAGUGAAAACAUUUUUGUUAUUGUUGUUGGCAAUCAUUCUGUAUCAUUUCCACUUGAGUCGAGGGCACCAUUGGGAAGCUGUAGGAUGUAUGCCUACCUUGUUGUUCAUGGUAAUAAUACUGUACAGAUAUGUCAUACCAAACAAAGUGCAAGACAGUCUAUAUUUUCGACAAAGCAAUUUAAUGUUAGACACUGGCAAGAAACAGGACAGACCCACACUGCAGAUUGAACUAACGGUAUAAACUACUCAGAUUGAGUAGACGAGUUGGAGAAGCCACAAAUGCUACUGAGACCAUGAUCCCACGUUUCAAAUAAAUGAACAUUUACAAA